AUGGCGACGCAAAUCAGCAAGAAGAGGAAGUUUGUGGCCGAUGGUGUGUUCUACGCUGAGCUGAACGAGGUUCUGACUAGGGAGCUAGCAGAGGAUGGUUACUCAGGUGUGGAGGUUAGGGUUACUCCCAUGAGGACUGAGAUUAUCAUUAGAGCUACACGUACUCAAAAUGUUCUCGGUGAGAAGGGAAGGAGAAUCAGGGAGUUGACAUCUCUUGUUCAGAAGAGAUUCAGGUUUCCUCAAGACAGUGUCGAGCUUUACGCUGAGAAGGUUGCCAACAGAGGUCUCUGUGCUAUUGCUCAGGCUGAGUCUCUUCGUUACAAGCUCCUUGGUGGUCUUGCUGUUCGCAGGGCAUGCUAUGGUGUCUUGAGAUUCGUCAUGGAGAGUGGCGCUAAGGGAUGUGAGGUCAUUGUGAGUGGAAAGCUACGUGCUGCACGUGCCAAGUCCAUGAAAUUCAAGGACGGUUACAUGGUUUCCUCUGGUCAACCCACCAAGGACUACAUCGACUCUGCUGUCAGACAUGUUCUCCUUAGACAGGGUGUUCUCGGAAUCAAGGUUAAGGUCAUGCUUGACUGGGACCCUAAGGGUAUUAAUGGACCAAAAACACCAUUGCCUGAUGUUGUCAUCAUCCAUGCUCCCAAGGAAGAAGAUUUCAGCUCCGCACCAGCUCAGGUUGUCGCACCGGCUGCUCUUUUACCGGAAGCUCCCCUUACAGCAGUAGACUACCCUGAGAUGAUCCCAGUCGCUUAGAACAAGAGACUCGUUUUACUAGUACUACUACAAUGUGGUUUUGUUCUUUUUAACUUUUCUGCCUGUUUUGACAGUUUAUACUUUCUCGUAUCGUCGAAUCAGACACAUGUUCUUCAGAAUUUAUUUCUAAAAUUAUUUUCCUUUGUGAAAUUCCCUUUGGUUACAAAAUUUAUUUGGUAUUCUAGAACUUUCUAGUAAGUUUAUUAACAUCAACCUUGCUUUAAGUGCUAGAACGGUUGGUUUAUAACAUUUGAAUGGAGUGUUUGUCCUCGUAUUCAGUGAUGAUAUUUAUAGAGACAGCUUCACAACUGUUUAAAAGUCCUCUGUAUUAGCUGAUGUAAUUGGUCCAGAUGUCGAGAGUUUUAAUAUCUUCUGUAUGAUUAGAUGAGCUUGAUCUGUCUUUUUUUUCUAUCAUUUGUAAUUAGGCUUAGAUGAUGUGAAGCUCAUUGUGACUUUGCAUCACUUACAAGAUGUCAAAGAAGGAACAUGUCCUCACUUGUGAUU